AUGUUUAUUUUUAUUCUUGGUUUUGUUCUUCUCUUAAGUCUUCUUUAUGCUUCGAAGAAAUUGUAUUGGUCAGGUACACGAUGUCCAUCAAAAGAUCGUAUGGAUGAUAAAAUCGUUGUUAUUACUGGAAGUAAUACAGGCAUUGGAAAAUAUACAGCUAUUGAAUUAGCUAAACGAGGUGCACAUAUUAUUCUAGCAUGUCGAAAUCAAGAACGAGCAGAAGCAGCAAAGAAAGAAAUACAAAUUAAAUCUAAUAAUAAUCAUAUUGAUAUCGAAAUUCUUGAUACAUCUUCAUUUCAAUCAGUACGUGAAUGUGCUUCACGAUUAAAAAAACGUUUACCGAGAAUUGAUGUAUUAAUUAAUAAUGCUGGUGUUUUAACCGAAUCUCAUGAAAAAUCUAUUGAUGGUUGUGAAAUACAUUUAGCUACUAAUCAUCUUGGUCAUUUUCUUUUUACUAAUCUCCUAUUAGAUCUAUUAAAAAAGGCACCAUCAGCUAGAAUUAUAAAUGUUUCAGCUUUGGCACAUAAAUGCAAGUUUUUUAAUUGUCAGAUACAUUGGGAUGAUAUUAAUUUAGAAAAAGAAUCCUAUACACCAUUUUAUAUAUAUGCACGUAGUAAACUUGCUAAUAUUAUGUUUACAAAUGAAUUAGCUAAACGAUUAAAAGGAACAAAUAUUACAGCGAAUAGUCUUCAUCCGGGUGUUAUAAAAACAGAUCUUGGUCAUAAUAUUGGCGGUCGUUAUCAGCAUAUUUUUCGUUUAUUCAUAAAAAUACUAUCUCCUAUUCUAUGGUUUUUUCUAAAAAAUACUAAAGAAGGUGCACAAACAACGAUUUAUUUAGCAAGUGAUAUUAACCUUGAUAAUGUCACCGGCAAAUAUUUUAGUGAUUGUACUGAAGUACAGCCAUCAGAUAAAGCUCUUAAUGAACAAGAUAAUCGACGUUUAUGGUUACUUAGUGAACAAAUGACAAAACUUGAUGAAAUUUAA